AUGGGGGCUGCCAGGGAGAGCCGCGACACGUGGGCAACGGCCUGGCAGCUCAGGAGCAUCGACUGUAUUGGCGGCCUGAAGCCCUACAAGAACUUCGAGAUCGUGGGCCGCUUCCCAGUCCAGGAGGUGGAUGGCCAGGGGCCGCCUGCGGCGAAGGCACCCAGGCAGGACCCGCUGCCUGCCGGCUUCAUGCCCUACCCUCCCUACCCCCCGUGCCCACCCGGCAGGAAGGGGGACCUGGGGCACCCGGGCCUGCGGCUGGCAUACGGGGAGGAGGGCUGGAAGGGCCCCACACCCGUCCACACGACCCCCGGGCCGUACCAGCUGUUCCACUGCAGGAGGGACGAGUACCCGCCCCCAGCCCGCCAGCUUGGGACACUGGACGUGGGCCGGUUCCACAGGCUGCCCCAGCUGGACCACCCCAACCUGAUCCAGCGCAAAGCCAUCUCAGGCUACGCUGGCUUCGUUCCCCGCUUUGCGUGGGUGAUGGGGGUGAGCUACCGCGACGGGGUCACACAGGCCAUGGACGAGUUCGACAAGGACCAGUUCCUCUUCAGAAACCCCGUCUGCGCCCUGGGGGAGCGGCUGCCCAAGACCCACUGGCCCAACACAGCCAUCUACAGCAGCCGGGGCCUGAUCCCCUUCUACAUGGGGCUGGUGCCGUCCGCACAGAGCAACUACGGGCUGACCUUCGGCAGCAGCACGCGCAGGGCCUACCAGAAAGAACGGGAGAGGCGGCAGCGAGACGCUACGGACACGCUUUAA